AUGAUAGCAUCUAAGAUGAUGGUCAAUAUUAAGGCCCGAGAUUCAAAGUUAACGUCGGUAUUGAAAGAAUGCCUGGGCUCUCGACUCGUGUGGACAUCAGUUGUGGCCAAUAUAUCCAAUUUGGAGUCCAAUUAUUUGGAUACCGUAUCUAUUUGUCAAUUUGUCACUCGUAUACACCGUUCGCGACUCAUUCACAACACCAACAAACAUAAGAUGAGAAAACUCUCCCAACACUACUCUUUUGGCCAACGCUUUGCCGAUUCAAAGGGCGUUUGUGGCGAAUCGAUGAACACAUCUGAGAGUGAGAGCGGUAUAAACUGUUACACGUCUUCGUCCGAGCAUUCCGUCGAUACCGUUAUUUUCUGCGGCAAAUCAAACAUCAAUCACAGCCCAGAGUUGAGUCAAACGACAAACAAAUUGCAUUAUAAUGUAUCUACAAAUACAACACACAAUUCAACUCAAGUGCAGACAAACGCACAGCAAAAAGAGGAAUCGAAAGACGAGCUCCGGUGUAACGAUAGUCCGAAACAUAUCAUCAACGAUACGCCCGUUUCAUCGCCUCAUCGGUCCCUUAAAGAGUCGAAGAAAAGCGACGAACUGUGGGUCGACGGACCCAAACGGAGCCGAAGGAAAAAGGAUCAAAAGCCUAUGAAAUUCACGCAAGAAUUAUGGGUCGACGGACCCAAAGCUCAGUUGGAUUCCGGCGCUAAUGGUAUGGAAGCGGAGAAUUCGUUGCUCUGUUAUCACGAGGAAAAGCAGCAAAGGAUACAACAGUGGAUACAACAGCACACGAAACACAUCUGGACUGAUAUACCGGUCAGCGCUCAGACAUCGCCCACACAGACGCCGGACAGCGCCUACUGUUCAACAGUGAAACAGAUUCGGCAGAAGAUUCUGUUGACGGAGACGACAGACGUUAGCUGUCAGACAGAGCUGACGACCAGCGCAUCGACGGUCACGCCGUCUGAAUGCGAGUUUAAUUUUGAAGAUCCGCUCAGAAUAUUGAGUGACGACGAGAUUCUGGGCAUUGAGAGGAUAGCCGGCGCCGGACGCGAGGCUAUGAGCGAGUGCUGUGAUAAUAAUAGCGGAUCGGCUGAAGACAUGGACGACUGUCACAGCGAACCCAUAACCGAACCGCCAAAACAGCUAAAACUGGAACAGUUUCUGCAACAGUUGACUACAAUAACAAUGCCUCGCAUUCACACACACCGGGACUCGUGUCACCGAAAGGACUUGGAGUACCGCACACUCAGACACCCGGACGGCGCCAGUAAUAAGAAUCUCAGUAUUAGUCACUGGGAUUUGCCGAGACCUGAGUUCACCGACUAUACAAUGUUCUCCUAUUUGCCCAAAGAAGCGGUCAAUUCGCCGACAACUGUCACAUCGAGACCGCUGUCGGCCACAUCUCCGCCGCCGAUCUCAACGCCAAAUGAGCCCUUAUUCCUAACCUCAUCGCCAAAUCACGCCGUUUUGCCGACAUCUCCGCGAGUGAACCGUCUGUUGGGCACAACCGUGCAGUCGGUUCACAGCAGUCCAGCCAAGUCUUCGGUGAGUCGGAAGCAGCAGAAAAUUGAGCAGCAAUUGAAACGCAACACCACAUCGACGACCACUUCAGGCCACGGAACCACUUCGGAGGGCGAGUGCUCUUCGGUGGCCAAAAAGACGUCGUCCGUGUCUUCGCCCAGUUUUAUGAGUCAUCACCCGAUCGUUCAAAGACAACCCGCCAGUAGUGGCUACGAGAGUACCAUUCAUGACGACGACUCCGACCGGGAACUGGUGGCCGCCCGACGGCUCGACAUCGGGUCCACCAUUAAUGAGAGUAUCGGCGGAACACCCGUUAAGAUGAGGAACAAAAAGUGUGACAUUAAUAGCAACGACGACAAGAAGAACCGGUUGUCUACCACUUCUUCAGAUCACUGUUCGUUCCUUUGCUAA